UUUGUAAAAAGGAUAAGUUUAUUAAUGAUCAGAAUACUUCCAAAACAGGAAGGUAAAGAGUUGACUUGAUUAAUUGCCCCUCUACCGAACCCCUCAAUAAAUCAAAGCAAAAACACUUCUUCCAACACAAUCUUCCAAAAUUAAAUUUGAAAAAAAAUAUAAUACAUAUAAAAUAAAAGACUUGUUCAUUGUCUGAAAAAGAGAGAAACUUGCACUCUUUAAACUAGAAUCAUCAUAAUCAUAAUCAUAAAACUGCAACUUCCUUAUAAAAAUCAAAACUUUCCCACAAUUUUCUCCAUCUUUCUCAUAAUACCCUGAUCCGAAUAAUCCACAUUCGGAUCUCUUUCUCUCUCUCAUUUGCCGUUGCACAUCCAGAUGGAUUAUUGUAGCUUGAAUUGAAGUGGGUAUAGUGUAAUUGUUUUAGUGUUGUGUAAUAUUAAGUUUAUUGUUAAUUUCGCGGUCGAAUUAUAGCCUGAAGUGGGAUCAUUGAGGAAUGUGCUGUUUUUGUUCAAUUUGGGUUAAAUUGGUUGAAUAAGGUGAAUGAUGAAGUGGGUUGUUUGACUUUUGAGUGUUUGAGGUUGUUGGAAAUAGGACUUUGUGUGUUAAUUGAUUAUGAUUGAGAGGAAGAACAUGGGACGAGCUUCGCCAUUAUUGUUGAUUCUUUUGGCUCUUGGAUUUUUCUUUGCAACAUAUAAUUUAAUUACUAUGGUGAUCCAUAAUAGAAGAUUAAGUUCGUGGGUUCGGAAUGAACAAGGAAAUGAUAUGUUAAUUGACCCUAUAACUGAAAUUCCCGAGCAUUUGAAGAGACCUAAAGGAGGUAGAGAACCUUUUCAUGUAGCUUUGACUGCAACGGAUGCGCCUUAUAGUAAAUGGCAAUGUCGAAUUAUGUACUACUGGUAUAAGAAGCAGAAGGAGUUGUCUGGAUCUGAUUUCGGAGGAUUUACCAGAAUUCUGCAUUCUGGAAGAUCUGAUGAGUUGAUGGAUGAGAUCCCAACUUUCGUCGUUGAUCCUCUUCCUGCUGGUUUGGAUCGGGGUUAUAUUGUGCUGAACAGACCGUGGGCUUUUGUUCAGUGGCUAGUAAAGGCUCCGAUUAAAGAGGAGUAUGUAUUGAUGGCUGAGCCUGAUCAUAUAUUUUUGAGGCCUUUGCCUAAUUUAGCACUUGGAGGACUUCCAGCUGCCUUCCCCUUUUUCUACAUUAAGCCUGCUGACCAUGAAAAGAUUGUAAGGAAGUUUUAUCCAUUGGAAAAUGGCCCUGUCACAAAUGUUGAUCCUAUCGGAAAUUCUCCUGUAAUAAUUAAAAAGGAGAUACUAGCGAAGAUUGCACCUACAUGGAUGAAUGUUUCUUUGAAGAUGAAAGAAGAUCCGGAGACUGAUAAAACUUUUGGAUGGGUGCUAGAAAUGUAUGCAUACGCUAUUGCAUCUGCACUACAUGGGGUGAAGCAUAUCCUCCAAAAAGACUUUAUGCUCCAGCCUCCAUGGGAUCUAUCGACUAAAGACAAGUAUAUUCUUCACUAUACUUAUGGAUGUGACUACAACAUGAAGGGCGAGCUUACAUAUGGAAAAAUUGGUGAGUGGAGAUUUGAUAAAAGGUCAUACUUGCGUGGACCACCGCCUAAAAACCUACCCAUGCCCCCUCCAGGAGUUCCUGAAAGUGUGGUCACCCUUGUUUCUAUGGUGAAUGAAGCUACUGCCAACAUUCCGAACUGGGAUAAAAAGUCGACACAUGGUAUCUGAGUGUCGAAAUGACUUCCUAGAGUUCUAUUGCACCCAUGGAGCAACAAUUUUAUUGAUGAACAGAUUGAACACAGACCUUAGAUUCUCAGAUAUAUAAUUAUCAUCGACCUUGACAGCUUGUAAUCUCAAGCACAACAAUGCUACGCACGCCAGGCAAUGUAAGAAUGUGCCGAGAUUACCAGUUGAUGAGUUCAAAUUUGGAGCCGAAUCUCUAACGUGACCAUAUUCUGCUGCUGCAAGCCUGCAGCAAUACUAAACAUUCAAACUGUACUUUCCUUUUUAUUCAUUAUUAUUUGAGUGAACGGGAAGGGGGGAGGGGGUUGUGUGGGGAGCUAACUUUAGUUUAGUUAUUUGAUUAUUUUUUCCUUACUUAGCUGAGCAAUUUUGCUUGUAACACAAAAUAGGCUUAAAAGAGUGAUAUUUUGUAGUUUUCCACUACUACUGCUGUAAUAGAAAUUGUGAACUACAGAACUAUUGAUAGUACUGAACACAAACAUUCAUGAAAGAUUCUGACAAGUUGCAAAUUUAUGUGAUGAAGGUUGUGCAGUA